GGGGCACGUGUUCAGGGCACGAAUGUUCGGCACGCACGGAAUGACCGCUUUUGGAACCGUCCUGAGUAGCCCUGCUGCCGCGGACGGGCGCUAACAUCCUCGGAUCGGGGGCAGGAUUCGAAGGCUUUGCUGCUUGAACCAUGGCACCGAAGAAGAAAAGGGGUGCAAACGGCAAAACCUCCCGCCCCAACUCCCCCCGGCCCCUCCCCAACUUCGAACACCACGGCAAGGAGAUCUCCAGCGGUUCCCAUGGCGACCGCAUCCUGCAGGGACUCAACAGGCUGAGGAACGACCGGUUGCUAUGUGACGUCACCGUCGUCUGCAAGGGGAAGACGUUUGACGCACACAGGGCCGUCCUGGCGUCAUGCAGCGACUACUUCCGGUCCAACUUCGUCGGGGACGCCAACAACAAGAACAACGACGUGUUCGAACUGCACGGGCUGUCCGUCCAGGGCGUGUCCAUGGUCAUCAACUACGCCUACACGGGGAAGCUGCACCUGACGGUCGGGAGCGUGGGCAGCACCAUCGCCGCCGCCAGCUACCUCCAGAUGCCGGCACUGGUCAAGCAGUGCUGCGACUUCCUCAUGACGGACAUCACGGUGGAGAGCUGCAUCGACAUCGCCAACAUCGCCUCCUCGUACGACCUCAAGUCCGUCAAGGACUUCGCAGAGAAAUACAUCCUGGAAAACUUUGUUGCCUUCUCGGACGGUGAGCAGUUCCAGCGGCUGAGUGUGGACCAGCUGUGUGGGUUCCUAGGUAACGAUGACCUCCUGCUGCACCCUGAGUUGACGGUGUUCCAGAUCGCCCUGAAGUGGUUAAACCAUGACCCCAACACGCGCAUGCAGCACGUGGCCAAGGUCAUGGGUCACAUCCGGUUCCCGAUCAUCCCAGCCUCCGACCUCGUCCAGCACGUGCAGACGGUUCCUUUCAUGAUGAGGGACCCUGACUGCCAGGCCGCCCUGGUGGAGGCCAUGAACUAUCACCUGCUGCCUCACCAGCAGAACGUCCUCCAAUCACGGAGGACCAAGCUCAGGUCAAAGUCGCGGGUCCUGGUGACAGUAGGCGGCAAGCCUCCCCAGCUGGACCAGCCUCUCACACGCAGAGUCAACAUGCUGGACACCAAGACCUCCACCUGGCACCACCUGACAGACAUGGUUUGUAAAAGCGGUCAUCAGGCGGCAGUGGUGAUGGACAACUUCCUGUAUGUUGUUGGUGGGGAGGACCAGUACGACGCCUCUAACCAGGCCAAACACAGCGUCAACACGGCAGUCAGAUACGACCCCAGGUCCAACACGUGGGUGCAGCUAGCGCCCAUGAUGGAGAGACGCACGCACUUCCACGUUAAUGCUGUGUCAGGGCGCCUCCUGGCGGUAGGAGGCAGGAACGCAGGCGGCACACUGUCCUCUGUGGAGAUGUAUGACCCUGCGAAGAACGAGUGGACGUACGUGUCCAACCUCCUGUACCCGCGCUGCUGCCACGCCGGGGCUGUACAUGGGGGGCUCCUGUACAUCGGCGGAGGGUACAUCGGCGGGACGUACUCUCGGUCCCUGAUCUGUUACCGCCUGUCUGAGGACAGCUGGAACGACCGGACGUCCAUGAGCCAGCCGCGGGGCUGGCACAACAUGGUGACGGUGGGAGAGAAGAUCAUCGCGAUGGGAGGCAGUCAGCUGAGCGGGAAGGGCGACAGAGUGGACGUCAUGCAUGUGGAGAGCUACAGCCCGCUGAACGACCAGUGGACGGCCCUGUCCCCCAUCCUGUCGGGAGUGAGUACAGCAGGCGCCGCCGCGGUGGGCACCAAAGUCUACGUCUGCGGCGGCUGGAGCGAGUCUACCAGGCAGUACCUGAAGGCCGUGCAGUGUUACGACGUUACCCGGGACGAGUGGAGCUGGGCGCCCGAGAUGAGCGGCCCUCUGGUCGCGGUGUCCGCGAUAGCCCUGACCGUGCCCGUAGAUCGAGUGAAAACUGGUUACCAGUUCGGAACGGAGUCGAAGUGAAUGGAAAAAAAAAGAGAUAAAAGCAAAAUCGCUUCAAUACGGUGUAACGAAAGGAAGAUACAAACUGUACCAAAUGUACGGAAACUUUCCAAUGGUUUCUACUUUCGCAUAUCAGUUGAUAAUGUCCAAUCGUUUUAAUUAAAUCCGCAAGUAGGAAGAAAGCAUAUUUAAUACUUGUUGCAAUGAUAAGGAAGAGUUUAAAUUUGUUUUGGUCUGCGUGAAUAAAAGUCGACACACAUCAUGACACAUGGGAUGACUGUG